CACAUAACUGAUAACAAUAAUGUCUGCCGUCCCUAUUCUCAAGUUGAACACUGGCGCAUCUAUUCCCGCUGUUGGUCUUGGUACAUGGCAAGCAAAGCCCAACGAGGUUUACCAUGCUGUCCUCGCUGCACUCAAGGCUGGCUACCGUCACAUUGAUGCUGCUUAUAUCUACGGUAACGAAACCGAGGUCGGUCAGGCCAUUAAGGACAGUGGCAUUCCUCGUGAGCAGCUCUUUAUCACAACCAAGCUCUGGAACACUUUCCAUCGUCCCGAGGAUGUGCCCAAGGCACUCGAGCUUUCUCUCAAGAACCUCCAACUCGAAUAUCUUGACUUGUACUUGAUCCACUGGCCUGUUGCAUUUGCCGCCGGAAAGGACAAUGCUCCCCGAGGAGAGGAUGGCAAAAUCCUCACCGACUCGACCGACUUCACGGAGACCUAUGCUGCUCUCGAGAAGCUUCCUAAAGAAAAGGUUCGCGCUAUUGGCGUGAGCAACUUUAACAUCCCUAAGCUUGAGAAGCUCCUUAAGACCGCAAAGGUUGUUCCUGCCGCUAACCAGGUUGAGAUCCAUCCUUAUUUGGUCCAGGAUGAUCUUGUCAACUUCUGCAAGGAAAAGGGCAUCCUUAUCACCGCUUACUCUCCUCUUGGAAGCACAAACUCUCCUUUGCUCAAGGACGAGAAGGUGAUUGCUAUUGCCAAGAAGUACAACAAGAGUGCCGCCCAGAUUCUCCUUGAAUGGGGUGUCCAGAGAGGCUAUGCUGUUAUCCCCAAGUCUGUCACUCCUUCGCGUAUUGUUGAGAACAUUAACCUUAGCAAGAUCAGCGAUGAGGACUUCAACGCAUUGAACAACAUUAUUGGCGACAACUCAAAGCGUAUUGUUGAUCCCUAUGAUUUCUGGGGUAUUGAUGUCUUUGAUAGCCAUUUGUAAAAUAUUCUAGACCUAUAAUCCAAUCCUUUUGUUUUCUUUUGUUUGCUGUCAAUUAGCGUUCUAUAAAUAAUAAAUAAAUGAAUGAAAACAUAACAUAUCCAUAACUUUUACAGCCUCAAGCUU